AAUAACCAUAUUGCACCUACAUGGUUAGUAUCUGUUUUAUCAAAAUUAAUCUUAUCUUAUGACAGCGCGAUUAUGAUUACGGUUUACGGUAAUUGAAAUCAUAGCUUUCCUUUAAACUUGAAGGAUAUGCUGUGCCGUGGAUCGAUUUGAAGUAUACUUCGUGAUAUACGAGUUCCGUAUCUCAUGAAGGAAGCUCUCUCACCUCUCUAUUUUUUAUUCAUCUGUUUUUUAAAUGUGGCUGUACCGCCAGUGCUAAACUGCUAACAGGAUUAUAACUGUCACCAAAAUCAAAAAGGAGGAAAUUUCUGGAAUAUGUAGACUGUAGCGACUAGUGGAAUAGCGGAAGUUUAUCAUUAAAUCAGGGCUUUAAAGGGGUUUGAAAAUCCAAACGGCAUUCCGAUCGCCCUCUAGACCAUUUUUUUCUCCGCAUAGUCAUUCGAGGGGAAAUCAGUUUCGGAAAUGCCACUAUUUUUGGAGAAUACCUAUAAAGAUACAGCUGUUUUGAAAGUAUACCGCAAUCCAUCGUGGCUCUAUUCGCAUAUGACACUAGUGUGUCGUAUUGUCGGUCCAGCAGUAAUGGUUGCCAUGUGGGCCUUAGCGAUCAGCGCAUUUAUUAGCUUAUACGCGGCAACUGGUGUUUAUUUAUUAUUUAUAGCCAUCCUGCUAAUAUUCCACGAAUUUUCUUGGCUUUUUAACAAAAUUAGUUAUCUUCGACAAGAUAAUGUUGUGGGAACCUGUUGGCGGAUGUUUUUCUGGUUCGACUCAUGGAAACGCUCCAUUGAAUACCUUUUUUGGGGAAUUAUUGCAUUUGUUAUUGGAGGUUUCACUACCUGGCAGCUUUUCGUGGGCGGAGCUUUAUUGAUGCUCUUGUCUGUAUUUUAUUUCUUAAAAGCCAUUCGAUUUACGAAAAUUGAACCAAUACAAGCGAUUGGUGAUAUCCCGGUAAAUCCACCGCCGCCAUAUGGAGCAGCCACGGCACCUACAGUCCCACAGAUCCAGUGGGGAGACCAAUAUGGAAAAUACUAAAAGAGCUUUACAAUAUUUUUUUUCAUUUCGAACAUUCGAAAUUCAAUGAAAUCAUGCCGUCUUUUUCUGAUUCUCAAUUUGUGGACAUAUUUAUAAUGUGAUUUUUUCUUGUCUGCUAGAUCUUUGUAAUUUGUUUUCGAACUUUAUGAAGUUUUACAAACCGAAACCAUUCAUUCGUAUAGUCAUAGUGUAUUAAAAGUCUGUAA